UUCGGGGGCCGGCGUCGGUAGCGGAAGUCGGGAUGGUGUAGAGCCGUGAGUAAGGCUCAGGGCCCGGCUCGGCGGCCAUAAGGGAGCGGCCGGGCUGGCGGGCGAGCGGGCUGGCCGGCCGGGGGAAGGCAGGCAUGGCGGUUCCGGGGAGAACGUGGACGGCGCUGUGCGCGCUGCUGGCCCUGGGCGCGCUCGCGGGGCAGGCACUCGGGGAAAAGAAUUCUGAGGAUGUUCGAUGUAAAUGUAUCUGUCCUCCAUACAAGGACCAUGCUGGCCAUAUUUUCAGUAAAAACAUUUCACAGAAAGAUUGUGAUUGCCUUCAUGUGGUACAGCCUAUGCCAGUUCCUGGGCCAGAUGUGGAGGCCUAUUGCUUACGUUGUGAAUGCAAAUAUGAAGAGAGAAGUUCUGAAACAAUUAAAGUUACUAUCAUCAUAUAUUUAUCCAUCUUGGGUCUUCUUCUGCUGUACAUGGUGUAUCUCACCUUGGUAGAACCUAUUCUGAAGAGACGUCUCUUUGGACAUUCACAACUAAUACAAAGUGAUGAAGAUCUUGGGGAUCAUCAGCCUUUUGCAAAUGCUCAUGAUGUGUUGGCUCAUUCCCGAAGCCGUGCUAACAUGUUGAACAAAGUGGAGUAUGCCCAACAACGUUGGAAACGCCAAGUUCAAGAACAGCGCAAGUCUGUGUUUGAUCGCCAUGUUGUGCUCAGUUAAUAAGUACAACCACCUUCUUCAAACGGUGUUGGAAGAAAAAAAAUGGACUAAAGUGUAGCAUUGAUUUCUGUCUUCCUCAUAUGCCAUUUGUGUCAGAAGACAAUUUUGCUCAUCAAUAGCAAAGAAAGUACAAACACUCAUGGAAGGAAGAUAUUAAACUCGUUUAACAAGUCAAAAUUUAUGUAGUUAUUAAAUUUUUUUCACUAAUAAAACAUAAGCAAUUUGUGUAAUAAUUUCGAUCUCAAGAGAUAAUUGACUGCAGUUCUUAAAUGCAGUUUUCACUAAUAUCUACAUAGAGAAAUGAGAAGAUGUGCAGCAUUUCUGUUACAAAUGACUUUACAGAUGUACUUUUGUAAAUAUCUGUUAUUUUCUUAUGGUCUGCUGUGUAUCAGAAACUUAUAUUGUACAGUAUAACUAUCACAUCUAAAACUGGCUGGUUGUAUAAAUUUAGUUGCUUGAACUGUCAAUUCAUUAGCUGACCUCUCUAAAUAUAAGGUGAAGCUUAAGUGGACAGAUAAAGUUGGUGAACUAGAGACUUGAAGUACUGUGUAAAGAAAAAAUAGUGCAGUGCACAAGAAGAGAACCGUUCCCCCUCCUUGGUCGCUUGCUACAGCUUGUGUGAUAUCUAAAGACAAUUUAUUCAUAUACAUUUCAAUACUUGGUGGACAAUAACUAUUUUUAAAAUGAGAUUGAUAAUGGAAUGCAAAUAAAUUAUUCAGAAUCUUC